AUGUCUAAACCAGUAUUUACACUGGCCGAAGGUCAGCCCCUUUCAGACCCUUCCGUCAGUACGACACUACCCAUCUUUGGCGGCGGGAGCUUGACGACCUUGGGCGAUACUCUUCUUCUCGAGACUUUGGCUCAUUUUAACCGAGAACGAAUUCCAGAACGUGUUGUCCAUGCUAAAGCAACCGGCGCAUGGGGUGAAUUCGAAGUAACCAACAAGAACAUCUCUGCUUUAACCUCAGCCAAAUUCCUCAGCCAUCCCGGCAAAAAGACAAAGGUCCUCUUUCGCCUCAGCACAGUUGGUGGCGAGAAAGGAAGUGCAGAUACAGUCCGUGAUGUACGGGGCUUUGCGGUCAAGUUUUUUACCGAGGAAGGCAAUUUUGAUAUUGUUGGCAACGACAUUCCUGUAUUUUUUGUUCGCGAUCCAGUGCGCUUUCCUUCUUUGAAUAGGAGUCAUAAGAAACAUCCUGCUACUAACAGACCAGACUGGACCAUGUUUUGGGAUUUCCAUGUCAACCAGCCGGAGAGUGUCCAUGCUCUAAUGCACCUCUUCGGUAAGCGUGGAAUGCCAGACUCUAUCCGUAGAGUCAACGGUUUUGGUGUUCAUACAUUCAAGAUUAUCGACGAUAAGGGAGAUUUUAAAUAUUGCAAGUUUCACUUCCGUCCUGUUCAAGGCAUUGGGCAUUUGUCCAACCAAGAAGCAGAGAGAAUGGCCGGCGCGGACCCUGAUUUUCAUACCAAAGAUCUGUGGGAUGCGAUAUCACAUGGAAAGUUCCCGGUGUGGAAGCUAUACAUGCAGGUGAUGGAACCUAGUCAGUCCGAAAAGCUUGGCCGGAUGGUGUUUGACAUCACCAAAGUUUGGCCGCAUAAGGAGUUUCCUCUGAUUGAAGUUGGCCAAAUGACACUUAAUCAAAAUCCAAAGAACUUCUUUGCCGAAAUUGAACAGGCUGCGUUCUCACCGUCCAAUCUUGUUCCUGGCAUUGCACCGACUCCAGACCCGAUGUUCCAGGCUCGUAUGUUUGCGUACCCUGAUGCCCAGCGUUAUCGUCUCGGUGUAAAUUACGCACAAUUACCCCCGAAUCGGCCGAUUGCUGCUGUCUACGCACCGUUCGAGCGUGAUGGCAGAGCGACGACAACAAACUACGGAGGGGACCCAAACUAUGUUCGUAGUACUCUGAGCCCAGGUGUAAUUUCGAGAUCUUCUACCACGCAAGUACGGCACCUGGAGCGAGUUCAUCCUACUGCUACAUUGGGAUUGAACGAACUGCCAGUGACAGAUGAGGACUUUGAACAGCCUAGAGUUUUGUGGCAGAAGGUUUUUGAUGAGAAGGAAAGGGCGCUUUGGGUUUCAACUGUUAGUGAGACCUUGGAGAAUGUGCCUGCUCCGUUGAGAGAGGCAGUUCGUGCCAUGUUUAGCCAGGUAGAUCCUGAGAUUGGACAGCUUCUGUCCGUCAAAGACAGAGAGAACUCACACCUGUAA